AUGACCAUCGUUAAAGGGCUGGUGCUCAUGCUCGCCCCGGCAUCUGGCCCCAGCCUGCCCUGCAAUACCUUGCCAGCUGCCCUGGUCUCUGUGCCCUGUGCCCUCUGGACGACCACUCGGACUAGACGGCUGCCCCUGCCUCUUCUCCUCCCGCUGGAGGCCACAAACUCAAAAGCGCUUCUCUGUCCUGUCCCCGUCCCCGACGCCAACAUCUGCGCGCUCUUCCAUGUCGUCCCGCCUCUCGCACGCACACGCCUGUCCUCUGGGGCGCUCUCGCCUCCUCACCACUGUGACCAGGCGAGUCAGGCCAGGCCAGGCGACCAGGGAGGGCCCCAGGGACCGGGGCGCGCCCGAGACCACUUGGGGCCGCUCACCACCCAAACCUGCCUGGCAGGCACACCUGUGCUCAGGCCCUGCGAGUCGCACGCAGCCUGUUCUGACAUUCGCCACCUCUUAAGUGAAAAGGAGAGGUGGGGGGCGUGGGGCGGCGAGUUCGCAGGCACCAGAGCCCCGGGCAGCGUGCCAGGACUCUCUCCAACGACCCGCAGGCUCACCAGCCACCUGCUGAUCGAUCCACCGCCCACCACCGCAGCCAACCCAGAAGCCUCCGGUUUCGACAGCCCAGCAGACCACCUCUCCCUCCAGGAACCCGGGCCGCAGCCCUGUGUGACCACCGCGUCGCUGGAGAGCCGUGCUCAGAGAGCAUCAGACUCCGAAUCGGUUCUUGAAAGACUUUUAGAAGUCCAGAUGUUUCAGAAUGCACAUUCCAGAAGCCAAUGGCUGCUUCAACCACUGACAAUUUUGCUGCUGUUUGCCUUUGCAGACAGGCAGACUGCCGAUCUUCCGAAGGCUGUGGUGAAACUUGAGCCCCCGUGGAUCCAGGUGCUCAAGGAUGACAGUGUGACACUGAAGUGCGAAGGGACCCACAACCCUGGGAACUACUCUACCCAGUGGCUCCACAAUGGGAGGUCCAUCCCGAGCCAGGUCCAGCCCAACUACACAUUUAAGGCCACAGUCAACGACAGUGGAGAAUACCAGUGCCAAAUGGAGCAGACGCGCCUCAGCGACCCUGUACAUCUGGGAGUGAUUUCCGACUGGCUGGUGCUCCAGACCUCUCGAUUGAUGUUUGAGGAAGGUGAAACCAUCAUGUUAAGGUGCCAUAGCUGGAUGAACAAACGCCUGAACAAGGUCGUGUUCUACCAGAAUGAAAAGGCUGUGAAAUUUCAUCAUUUCAAUGAUACCUUCUCCAUCUCAAAUGCCAACCACAGUCACAGUGGUGACUACUACUGCAAAGCACAUCUAGGAAAGCCAGCAUACAAUUCCAAGCCUGUGACCAUCACUGUGCAAGGUCCAGCAAGUGCAUCCACCAUCUUUCUUCUUUGGUGCCAUGUUGCUUUCUGCCUAGUGAUGUGCCUCCUGUUUGCAGUGGACACGGGCCUUUACUUCUGUGUACGGAGAAAACUUCAACCCUCUGGGGAGUACUGGAGGAAAACCCUGUCAGUCAGAAAGAGUGAGGCUCCUCAGGACAAGUGACAUCUCAUUGUAAGAAAAAAAACA